AUGGCCAUCAGAAAAUCAAACAAACUCACACAAAAAGCAAUGAUCAAGCAGAUCAUGAAGCAGUGCUCGAGCUUAGGGAAAAGGCACGGGUACGAAAACGACGAGGGGCUGCCUUUGGACGUGCCAAAGGGGCACUUCGUGGUGUACGUGGGCGUGAACAGGAGCCGAUACAUCGUUCCUAUCUCGAUUUUGAACAGGCCGGAAUUCGUGAGCCUGCUUCAACGAGCUGAGGAAGAAUUCGGAUUCGAUCACGACAUGGGGCUCACAAUUCCUUGUGAUGAACAAGUAUUCCAGUCAUUCCUUAGAUAG